AUGCCUGCCAAGCUGCCUUCCAACUACACCUCUGAUACAGAGGCCGCUGUCGACUCCAGAGAUCUUCAGACAGAAUCCGGCUAUGUCAGUGGGGAUUCGAGUGAUGUCUACACUCCAGAGAUUGUCUUCACCAAACCACACCUGCAGUUUCUUAACAGACAACUACAGUUCCUCGAGCCUCAAGAAAUCUUGAGAUGGUGCAUCACAUCCCUUCCUCAUCUCUUCCAGACCACUGCGUUUGGUUUGACCGGGCUUGUCACCCUUGACAUGCUUUCCAAGCUUCAAGUGCCCCGCCCACAGAUGGUUGAUUUGAUCUUUCUCGACACUCUCCACCACUUUUCGGAAACCCUGACUCUUGUUGACCGUGUCCGCAAGAGGUACCCUCUGAACAACAUCCACAUCUACAAGCCAGCUGGUGUCGAGACUGCGGAAGAGUUUGCCAAGAAGUACGGAGCCAAGCUCUGGGAGACAGACGAUCAGUUCUACGACUGGGUUGCCAAGGUCGAACCGGCCCAGCGUGCCUAUCGUGAACUCAACGUUCAUGCUGUUCUCACUGGACGCCGCCGCAGUCAGGGGGGCAAGCGUGGCGAUCUCGAUGUGAUCGAGGUCGACGAGGCUGGCCUCAUCAAGGUCAACCCCCUGGCCAACUGGACGUUCGAACAAGUCAAGCAAUACAUCAAGGAAAACGAUGUGCCCUACAACGAGCUGCUGGACCGUGGCUACAAGAGCAUCGGUGACUGGCACUCCACACAGCCUGUCAAGGAGAACGAGGACGAGCGAUCCGGUCGCUGGAAGGGCCAGGAGAAGACCGAGUGUGGCAUCCACAACCCUCGCUCCAAGUACGCCCAGUACCUGAUGGAGCUGGAGCGUAAGCGUCAGGAGGAGGCUCUAUCGCAGGCGCUACAGAACCAGCUCACCACCUCUGCUCAGUAG